CGGCCUGGACCCGGUGCCUGCGAAGACUGGCCGCGCGCCCCUGGCUGUGCCGGCCGCAAUGCGGCUCUGAGCUCGCCGCGGCUGCAGCCGGGCCUCGGGGGAGUGCGGGGCGCCCGGAAUGCUUACAAGAUUAAGCUGACCCUCGUAACCUGUCUGCUACAUCUCCUUUGUCUUUCUGUGAGAAAUCGGCUGUUGCAAGCCACGAGGAGGACUGUCCCCAGAACCCAACCAUGCUGGCGGGCUGAUCUCUGACUUCCUGCCUCCAGAGCUGCGAGAGAUAAAGGCCCUUCCGGAUUCCCUGCCUCUGCCCCUCGGCCUCCUCGGAGCAUCCCCUCCCACCCCCGCCCCGGCAGACCUCUCUUCUCUACGCUCUCCAAGAAAAACCAGAGCUGGCCAGCGGAUAAAGCGGCAGGAACUAUCGCCGUGGCGGGAGACCCCAGGAUAGAGUGACUCUCGAGGAUGAGAAUCCGCAUUUUGGACGAACGAAGUGAGUCCGGAACCUGACCGUGCCCCUUGGCACUCACUGACAGCUCUUUGGCAAGUUGCCUCCCGGAAUCUACCCCGUGGCUUAGCUUUCAAGCCAGAGGGUCUGUCGGAGCCAGGAGAAAAUGGCUUUUGUGAAGAUGCGACUGGUGUAUGUCUCGCUGGUGGUCCUGGGAGCCCUCUGUUUGUAUUUUAGCAUGUACAGUCUGACUCCUUUUAAAGGCGAGCCGUUUGUUUUCAAGAAAGAAAGAGGGAGCUUCCUUCAGCUCCCAGAUAUCAACUGCAGGCAGGACCCCCCUUUCCUUGUCCUGCUGGUGACCUCCUCCCACGAACAGUUGUUGGCUCGCACGGUCAUCCGGAACACGUGGGGGAAAGAAAAGAACGUGAGUGGCAAGCAAAUAAAAACGUUCUUCCUCCUGGGAGCCACGGCCAACAAGGACCUGUCGAUACUGGUGGCACAGGAGAGCCAGCAGCAUCGCGACAUUAUCCAGAAGGACUUCAUGGACGCCUACUUCAACUUGACCCUGAAGACCAUGAUGGGCAUAGAGUGGAUUCACCGCUUCUGUCCUCAGGCGGCUUUUGUGAUGAAAACGGACUCCGACAUGUUCGUCAACGUGUACUACCUGACCGAGCUGCUUCUGAAGAAAAACAGAACCACCCGGUUUUUCACCGGCUUCUUAAAACUGAACGAGUUUCCCAUUAGGGACAAGCACAACAAGUGGUUUGUCAGUAAGUACGAAUACCCGUGGGACAAGUACCCGCCCUUCUGCUCGGGCACCGGCUACGUGUUCUCCAGCGAUGUCGCGGGUCAGGUGUACAACGUCUCGGAGAGCGUCCCGUUCAUUAAGCUGGAAGACGUCUUCGUGGGGCUCUGCCUCGCCAAACUGCAAAUCAGGCUGGAGGAACUUCACUCCGAGCAGACCUUCUUCCCAAACGGGUUACGCUUUUCCACGUGUCGUUUUAAGAAGAUCGUGGCCUGCCAUUUCGUCAAGCCUCACCACAUGCUGAGCUAUUGGCAGGCUCUGGAAAAUUCUCUGGGGGAAGAGUGCCCAGCUGAAUGAGGAGAGCCCGGGGGCACCCGUGGACACACGUCAGAUAGCUUUGGAAGAUCUUGGGUGGCACUGCUGAGGAUCGACGUGGGGGUAGGGGGGGAGCGAGGAGGGGGGGAGAGGCAGGGGAGGGUGAUCUCCUCCACGUCUGAACCAGCACGUGAGCCUGAGAGAAACCGCUCGGUGCCCAAGCAGUAACAGAUGCCAUCUCCUGAGUACCUACGCUGUUGCACUAAGCAUGUGAUGCACGCCCACGUCUUCCCAUUUGCAGGGGCCGUCUCCACACUGCGUCCCCACUGCGUCCCCCUCUGACACACAGGAAUCAGCAGCGUGCGGAGGCACAGGGCCUCGUCCCAAGGCUCCCGGCCAGUGAACGUUGGGGCAGCGAUGAAAAAUCCAGCACCGUUGGAACUCAGGUACAGCCAACGACUGGGUCGGCCCCUCCGUCCCGGAGAGACGCCUGCUGCUGACGCCCUUCAGCCCCUUUGUAGAGUCCCCUCCGCCUCUGCUCCUAAUCCUUGUGCUUUUAGUGCUGGCACUGGGGCGAAGCAGCGUGCCCCCAGAUCCUUAAUUCUCUGCGGUGGGUCCAGCUGGACCCCGAGUCCCCGUGAGCGUCUCGGCCCUCCGCUCACGGCAGAACGAGAGCAUCCCAGGCAAGAGCCCCUCAGAAACCGCCAUCCCUAGAUGGAAGAUUCGGCUUAGAAAUGGCUGCAGAGUCGGCCUGUGGUGCAGAUUCUUGGCCGCGCUGCCGACCUCCCCCAGGGCGUCUGUUUGUUGCGGAUGCCCCUGGUCUGUCGGGGUUCCCACGGGAGGGCAGCGGGGCUCAAGGCUCGGCCUGGGAAGGACUCUGGGAGCUUUCCUGGGAAUUCAGGUGGGUUUAAGUCAAGAUGUCCUCAAGGACCCCCUGGGACACCGAGCGCUGAAGGCACUCUGGUCAGGAGGGGCUGUCUUCCUGUGCCUGCUUGGCACACCCAACCCCAGCUCAUCUUUGGAUUUCUCAGAUGGCCAAGGAACGAAGGAGUUUGCGGAGGACUUCAUCCUUCGACUCUUUCCUGCCUGGACGUUUGCAGGGGCCCGUUCUGCGGGCCGCGGACGCGAGGCGCUGCUGUGCAGAGGGGUCUCAACCGCGUUUGGCCGCCAUUGAUUGCUCGCAGAGUCACCUUGCUCCUGGUUGUGGGAAUAACUGGGUUUUGUUUUUUACCUUAUCCGAUUUGACUUUACCAGCACUCAAAGCCAAGGCCCCAUGUGGCCGCGUAACUCACAAACGUUGGACUAAGCUCCUACCUGAGCUCAGGAAGAGGUAUUUGCCGCAAAACGGCCGUGGCGAUGUUAGCUUGCAGGUCGAGGUGUGGCAUCCUAGUUUGCAACCGCAUUUGUUAUAUCUGGACGAGUCGUUGCUUCGCGGAUGUGUUUCCUUACCCUGGCUGAUCUGAGCGUGCCGGGUCGUGUUCGGAAAACGCUCUUUCCCAGGUGGGAAAAUCGGGGACUGAGCUCAUUUUUUUGAAGCCCGGAUUUUGCCAGAGCCUGGGUCCUGCAGAAUGGGUUGCCCCUGAUUCGGAAGGUGAUGGUGGGUGGGUGUUGAGGGUGAAGCAGUUCGUCUGGCGGUAGGGCUGUGUUUGUGCCCAGAUGUCCACCUUGUCUGGUGUGCGUGACUGUGUGGCUCCUGGGCUGGGUGGGUGAGGUGUGGCUGACUCAGGAUCUGGACUUCUCUGCAUCAGCCUGCAGCUCAGCCAUGGCGGCCGUGAGCACAGGUGUGGCUGUGUUACCCAAGUCGUAUUCUUGGGCCCAACAAUGAUAGAAAUGAGGCCGGACCCAAAGGUGAAAGGCACGGGAAACAGCUUGAGCUGAAGGAGACAUAGCACCAAGAGAGCGGUCAUGCUGGCCUCCCUGGACAAAGGGGAGGCCCUGCUUAUAUAGAGAAAGAUCCCCCCCAGUGUUCCCACUCCAGUCCCUUACGUUACUAAGGGACAGAAAAGUGCCUCGUCCUGAUUGGCCGAUACUGGCAGGCCACCCGGUAGCUGGUGUUUUCGGACCCAGGGUCUUUUGGGUUUCCAGAGCUUCUGGCUUGCUCCUGGGUUGACAGGAUAUGGCCAAAGCUGUUGUUUUUAGUCUUGCUUGGGUGGGGUCGUCUCCUGGUUCUGCUCUGAGAGAGAAGCAGCUUAGUAAUAACAGCCGACAAGAAUGCCCCAGGUGCAUAGCGUUUUUCAUUUGGGGCUUGGUCCUAUGGUCCCUGAUGGUCUUCUGUCCCUCCUGAGAGAUUUUAUCCUCCUCUUUUUUUUUUUUUUUUAUAUUUUUAACUUUUAAAAUUUAUUUUUGAGAGAGAGAGGCAGAGCAAGACAGAGCAUGAACAGGGGAGGAGCAGAGAC